ACAACAAAUAUAAAAAUAUUUGUGUAAACAUAGUAAUAAUAAUAUUAUUAUAAAUAAAAUAGAAUUUUAAAGUAAAAAAAAAAAAAAGCAUGGAUUCUGAACGACCAAGAACAAGUGCAAGACUUGCAAUGCAAUUACGACGUGAUGAUGAAUAUGGUACAUCUGAUAGUAAAACUGAUAGACCAUCAACAAUGACAGCAAGACCACAAACACGAAUUGAACGUCCAGUAUCACGACGAGGUACACAAAAUGAUUUAUCACGUGAUAGUAAUUCAUAUAGAGCUGGAACACCAAUAUCAAAAAAUCCACAAACAAGACCACCAUCUGCAUCAGUCAGCUCAAAUCGUGGAAGUACAGCAAAUUCAAGAAUUAAUACAAUAUCAUCAGCAAUGGGAAUUAAAAGAAUAGGUACUGGUUUACCAUCAACUUCACAAGUUAAUUAUAAUAUGAUGGAUCGACCAAUAACUCAACAGGGUCUUGCUGGUAUUAGACCUGGAACUACAAGAGGAUUACCAAUGACAAGACAAAUUCAAGACAAAAGAUAUUACGAAGGCAUGAUUCAAGUUAAAAUUCGUGAAUUAACAAAUGAAAUUGGAAUAAUAAAACGUGAAAUUGAUAGUCAAAAUAGAGAACGUGCAACAUUUAUUCAUUAUGAUAAUCGUGCUAAAGAAUUGGCAGCAGAAUUAACUGAUCUUCAGGGUAAAUUAGCUGAUUUAAAUAUUGUUAUUGAUAAGGCAACAUCAAAUAUUGAUAAAGAAACAAUUGAACAAGAAACUAAAGAUUUAAGAGAGCUAAAUGACAAAGCAUCAACAGAAGUUGAUAAACUUUAUGAACAAAGAAUAUCAAAAGAACAACAUUUACGUGAUAUGGAAGAACAAAUAAUAUCUGAAAAACAAAAAGAAGAAAGAAUUAUUGAAUCAAUGACAUCAGAUGUAAAAUUAAAAUAUGAUAAAUUAAUAAAUCAAAGAAAUGAGCUAGAAAAUGAUAUAUCAAAAUUACAAGAAGACAUUGAUUUAUUAUCAAAUGAAAAGGUAAAUUAUGAAGAACAAAUUUCAUUAUCACAAGUUAAACAAGAAGUUGUUAAAUUAAAAUUAAAAAUAAAUGAAGUUGAAGAUAAACGUAAAAAAUUACAAGAUGAACUUAAAAAUAAAUUAUCACCUGAUGAAGAACGUGAACGUUUAUUGGCUAAAGUUAAACAAGAUAAUAUGGAUAUUGUUGCAGCUGAAAGAAGAAUUGAAGAUGCAAAAAAACAUAUUAAUGAACUUGAACAAGAAUUAGAACAAAUUGAAAUUGAUAUGGAAGAUAAUCAUUCGGAAAAACAAGCUAAAUAUAUUGAAUUAAAAAAAAGAGAAGAAGCUAUUGAACAAUUUAUGCCAUCAUUUGAUGAUAAUAAAAUUGAUGAACUUGAAAAAAUUGAAAAAUUAGAACAAAAUAUUAUUGAUAAAUUACAACAACUUUCAUUUUCAAUUGAUCAUGAUUCUGGACAAUUUACUGAUGAAAUGUCAAUAUUAAAUUUUUCUCCAACAACAAAUGAACAAUCACAAGAUGUUGAUCGUAGCUUUGAAGGUCUUACUAAAGAACACAUAAGACUACAAUAUGUUAUCAUUAAAAUGAAAGCACUUGAAAAAAAACUUAAAUUAGAAAUUACAGAACGUAAUGAAAUAAUAAAUAAGCAAAAAAAUGAACUUAUUGUACUUGAAGAUUUAGAUGGUUUAAAAACACGUACAGAUGAACAACACAAAGAAUUAUUAAAUAGAAAAGAUGAUUUAAAAAAUAAAUAUCCAAAAUAUGAAAAAGAAUUAUUAAUUAUUAAAAAAGAAUAUGAUACAUUAAAAAAUGAACUUGAUAAAAAUGAAACGUAUUUACAAAUUAAUGCAUUAGAAGAAAAAUAUGAUAAAUUAAAAGAUACCAAUGAAAAUAUAUCAAAAUUAAUUAAUCAAGAACGUGAUAGUGUUAAUUAUGAGCCACUAAAAGAACAAACAUUUUCAUUGGUUACAAAAUAUAAUAUAUUUUUGCAACAAAAUACAAAACGUGCUUAUUAAUUAAUUAUUAAAAAACAUGUUACCAUUUAUUAUUUUUUUUUUGUUUUAAAUAUUCUAUUGAGGUACAGGAACAUUGUGUCUUGAUAAUAAAUUUGUAAAUUUUGUUUUUAAUGUUAAUGGAGGAAUAACAUCUUCUAAUUUAAUUUUAUUCCACAGCUCAAUAGCAGCUUGAUAAUUUUCAUUUUUGCCUGAAUGUAAAAAAUAAAAAAUUAUUAAUAAAAUAAAGAUAAAAGUUAAUAAA